UAUUGGUCCAUUCCUUCACCCCGCCAGCACGACAUAGAAUCAGCGCCAUAAUUAAACGGCGUUUGUCUUUAGAUGUCAGUGGAUUUUUGUUUUUAUUUUUUUAAAACAAGUUCUAGCAGACAAAGAUGAAAACAGUUUUUGAGGAAAGCGUCUCCUACGUCCAUUAGUCAUCUAAAGGAGUGGCGCUUUGCCCGGUACGUGGAGCUAAGACGGAGCCGAUGCGGCCGGAGCGGGAGGUUAGCAGCGGGCGUUAGCUGCGGGGACUCCGGUGUUACCGUCCUUCAUCCGCCGCCCACUGCUUCACUUCACCGGCCUCAGCAAGUAUGAGCUACCCGGUGAACCUGCAGGCCCUGCCCGGGGAAGUUCUUCAGGAGGUUUUCACUCCAGAAAACAUGAGAAGAAGCAGGCGCUCCGUUGGUUCCCUCGCUCAGCUGGCGUUCCCUAAAUCCCGCUUGGCUCUGUGGGACGGCAGCGCUGCGGGACAGAAGCUCCGCCUCCAGCUCUGCUCACACAGGAAACCUCGGCUUGUCCUUCUGGAGAAAGCUCUGCGCCUGGCGCAGCGCCACGCCCGCCAUAGCAACAAGCCCCGCCUCCACUGUUUCCUCCUGGGGUCGCUCUCUGUGAACGAAGAUGAGGAUGGGGUCACCGUGACCUUGGACCGCUUCGAUCCGGGUCGGGACCAGGCCGGAACCGCAGCGCCGUCUGCUCUGCUUCCUGGAGACGUUCUGGUCCCCUGCGUGGUCGUCCAGUCCGAGACGCCGCAUGAUGCCGUUGUCCAAUCAGAGGCUGAACUUCACCACUGCUUCAAGGCUCUGCAGCAGUUGGUGAGCAGCAGACAGACUCUGGAUCUGUCCCAGCUGCUGAAGGUCAAAGUUCACGUUGUCUGCCGGCAGCAGGCCGACGCCGCCACGUUCAGCCUCAGCUGGUCGGCCGUCUGUCCUGCCGUCCCGCUGGACGUCCAGCCGGUCCGCGCCGUCCCUAUAAUCCCCACCGCCCUGCUGAGGGCGCUGACGGGCAUCGGCCGACCAGCGCCCCCCGCUGGCCGGCAGAGAGGGUUUUUGACCAUGGAUCAGAGCAGGAAGCUGGUUCUGCUGCUGGAGUCGGACCCCAAAGCCUCCAGCCUGCCGCUCGUCGGCCUCUGGCUGAGCGGCGUCACACACACCUACAACCCUCAGGUUUGGGCCUGGAGCCUCAGGUUCAUGUUCGGCUCCGCCCUGCAGGACAGGGUUCUGUCUGAGCUCGGCUGCUUCCUCCUGGUCGUGUUUGGCUCCACCCACAGAACCCCUCAGUUCUUCCAGUGCCGAGAUUCCCGACCGGGACCGGGAGCCCAGCUGGACUUCCAGCUGCUGACGGCCUCCCAGGCCGCCACGCUCUACCAGCAGGUGGCGCCGGUGGACGGCGGAGCGCUGCGGUGCGAGUUGGUCCCAGAGGAUCCCAGCAGGCAGCGCGAAGCGUUCAGAACGGCUCACGGCGCCUUCAGCAGGGCGACGCCUCCAGCUGCCGGUCCGUCCGUCAGCGAUCAGGACUCUGGAGUGGAGGAUGAGGACUUUUCUCCCCGACCGUCUCCGAGCCCCCACCCUCCAGCAGCAGCUCAGGCUUGCCGCGUCCAACCAUCCGUUCCUGAACUCUCCCUGCUGAUCGACGGCAGCUUCUCCUCCAAUCACAGCGGGGGGCAGCACUCUGGCCCUGCCCACAGGCUGCCUCCAGCCAACAGGAAGUCGGCUUCCCCCACCGCCUCUUCAUCAGCGGCACAGCCUCCUCCUCUUCCUCACCUCCACAGCACACCGAACUCCAACCUGCAGCAGCCCUGCGCCUGCUGCUCCGCCCACAACUGUACCUCCAUCUUCCCCUCGCCAGCGCUCCUCCCUGCUGCCGUUGCUCCUCACAUCCAGCAAUCUGCUCCUCUUCCUCCCUCUUCCUUUCCGAAAGCAUCUUCGCCCCUCGCCUCCUCUCAGCACUACACCCCCAAACAUCCAUCCACUCCUCCUCUUCCUCCUUCCUCCUCUCAUCAGCAAACUCCUCCUCUUCCUCCUUUCUGCUCCUAUAAACAAACUCCUCCUCCUCUUCUUCCUCCCUGCAGCCAUCUGUCCACUCCUCCUCUUCCUCCUUCUCUUCUUCCUCCCUGCAGCCAUCCGUCCACUCCUCCUCUUCCUUCUUCUCCUCUUCCUCCUCUUCCUCCCUGCCCCCACGCUCCUCCUGCCCCCCUGUGGCACGCAGACCCCCCCUCCCUCGCUCGCCCCCCCUGUGGGAAUCCCUGCUGUGAGAAAGUGGGCGGAGUCCUGACCUCUGACACCUACCAGCUGCUGCUGCAUCAGGACCAACAGCUGCGCCUCCUGCAGGCUCAGGUCCAGAUGCUGCUGGAGGCCCAGGGGAAGCUGCAGACCUCCGACCCGCAGGUCCAAACGGCGACGCCCAGGAGCACCGCCAGCGUCGCCGUGGGAACGGGCGCCAGUCUGUUCUGGGGUCAAAGUCCCGACCGGCUGCUCCUGCAGGAGGAACCAGAACCCAAACCCGACCCCAGAACCCCGCCCUCAUCCUCCUCCAGCGCCUCCGCCUCGUCACAUGACCUGUCGCUGCACAAGCCAGAGGAAGGAGCGAGCUGCUCCCCAUCCGACCCCCACAGCACCAGCGGCCUGCAGAGUCCGGUUCUGGGAGAGAGCGUCAGCAUGUACGGACCUCCAGCAGAGCAGCAGAGCUUCUACCAGAACCUGAUGACUCAGCUCAGCAGCCGCCUGCAGGAGUCGGACAGCAGACAGGAAGCGGAGGACGACUCCAACAGGAAGAGCCCGUCUGUGUCCCACCACUCCCAGUCCUCCCACCACUCCCAGUCCUCCCAGCUGUCCUCUUCCUCAUCCGACAGGGAGCGGGACCAGAAAAAGAAGAAGAGGAGUCCGGACGGCGACGCCGUGACCCGAGCGACGCUGCGGCGGCUGCAGCAGCUCGGCGUCGCCGUGGAUACGGAAAAUCUGACAGAGUUGGACAAGAACCGAAUCAGAGCGGUGGAGACGGCCAGCACCUUGGCGACCAUUAACCCAGCGGCGGUCAUCUCCAGGCUGACCGUCUCCGAGGCGACGGGCAGCAGUCUGUUCGCCGGCGGCAGCGUGGACCUGAGCCUGGAGGCCAACGCCAUCGCCCUGCGCUACCUCAGCCAAUCACAGCUCAGCAGGCUGUCCCUGGGAGGCCACGCCCCCUCCGGCUGCGGCGACUCCCUACUGUCUCCUAGCAACAUGUCCCUGGCUACCAGGAAGUACAUGAGGCGCUACGGCCUGAUCGAAGAGGAGGAGGAUGAGGAGGAGGUCAGAGGUCAGGAGGCCCGACAGCCGCUGAGCGACGCUCUGAACCUGCAGUCCCUCCCACAGAGUCAGCUGAUCCGGGAGCUGCGGCCCAAAAUGCAGCUGCUGGCCGGAACCAGAACCGGCGCCGGCGAGGAGAAAGAAAACCGAAUGGUGCCGGUGGGCCGGACCGGUCCAAACGGGCCGCAGCCGGAGGGAUCGGUCGGGAACAUCCUGGACCUGAGCCGCCUGAGGCAGCUGCCCAAGCUGUUCUGACCCAACAGAAC